UGUUAAUUAAAAAAGACAUAAAUUUAGCUAUAUUUUGGCGUCGACUUUUUCCUUAACGCAAACGAAAUUUUCGUUACCACUAGAGGGCAUUUGAAAGAAAACGUGAAAUUUCAUAAAAGAUAUUAUAAACUAGUAACAAUUAUUUAAAUCAUGGAUCAAAUUACUGAAGAAAUGCUGAAAUUGGAACAACUUUCACUAAUUUCAAAAGUUUGUACAGAACUUGAAAAUCAUUUAGGAAUUAGUGAUAAAGUAUUAGCUGAGUUCAUUAUUGCGUUAGCUGACAAAAAUGAUUCUUUUGAUAAAUUUAAAGAAGCUCUUGUAAAAAAUGGAGCAGAAUUUUCAGAUUCUUUUAUUUCAAAUCUUCUUCGAAUAAUACAACACAUGAAGCCUAAAAGAAUAAAAUCAAAAUUAGAAGAAGAGUUAAGUAAAGAAAGUUCUAAAAAAGUAGAAAAAACAGAACUUGAAAUUAAGAAGGAAAAAUAUCCUUUUCUUUGCUUGCCAAAUGAUCCUAAUAUACAGACUAGUUUAAAUGAUGAAGAUGAAAAAAUUGUAGCAGAUGUAUUUGCAGAAUUAGAAUCUUUUGCUCCAAAGCCAAAGCACAUUAAAGAAGAGAAGAAGAAGAAAAAAAGAUCAAAGCGUUCAAGGACUAAAAGUAGAAGUCCUGAUAGAAGAAACCAUUCACACUCUCACCGAUCAAAUAAAGAAAAGAGGCGUUCCAGAUCAAGAACCCCUUCAAGAAAACGACGUCGAUCAAGAUCACGAUCUCAUUCUAGAGAUAGAAGGGAAAAGAAUGAUCAAAGAGAAAAUAUGAAAGAUAAAAAAAGUCAGUUACCAUUGGGUCCAGUGGUUGGUCAGAUAUACAGUGGAAAAGUUACAAACAUAAUGCAAUUUGGAUGUUUUGUUCAACUAGAAGGAUUGAGAAAAAGAUGGGAAGGUCUUGUUCACAUUUCACAGCUUAGAAGAGAAGGACGAGUAACUAGUGUAAGUGAUGUUGUUCAAAGAGGACAAAAAGUAAAAGUCAAAGUGUUGUCUUUUACUGGUCAAAAGACAAGUUUAUCAAUGAAGGACGUUGAUCAAGAAACUGGUAAAGAUCUAAACCCCAUACGACAAAUAUCAGAAAGUGUGGAAGAAGAUUCAGAUGAGAAACUGCGAAAUCCAGAUAGACCAUCUAGUUUACCUCUUAUAACCAAACCUGAUGAUGAUGAUGUAGAUAACAGAAGAAGAAUUCAACGAAUAUCAUCUCCAGAGAAGUGGGAAAUUAAACAAAUGAUGUCUGCUAAUUGCAUAGACAAAUCAGAAUUGCCAGAUUUUGAUGAAACAAGUGGAUUAUUACCUAAAGAAGAAGAUGAUGACGAAGAUAUAGAAAUUGAGCUUGUUGAAGAAGAACCACCGUUUUUAAGAGGACAUGGACGAGCAAAUAUUCAAGAUUUAAGUCCUGUUAGAAUAAUGAAGAACCCAGAUGGUUCCUUAGCACAGGCAGCAAUGAUGCAGUCUGCACUGGCAAAAGAACGUCGUGAACAAAAACAACAACAGAGAGAAGCAGAAAUGGAUUCUAUUCCAGCAGGUUUAAAUAAGCAUUGGAUAGAUCCAAUGCCUGAUGCAGAAGGACGAACACUUGCUGCCAACAUGAGAGGUAUAGGAUUGUCUGCCCAAGAUCUUCCAGAAUGGAAGAAACAUAUAACAGGAGGCACAAAGGCAUCUUAUGGGAAAAAGACUCAGAUGACACUUUUAGAACAGCGACAAAGUUUACCAAUAUAUAAACUUAAAGAUGAACUUAUUAAAGCAGUAACAGAAAAUCAAAUAUUGAUUGUAAUUGGAGAAACUGGUUCUGGAAAAACAACACAAAUUACUCAGUAUUUAGCAGAAGCAGGCUUUACUGCAAGAGGAAAAAUUGGUUGCACUCAACCCCGUCGUGUUGCUGCUAUGUCUGUUGCCAAACGUGUUGCAGAAGAAUUUGGUUGUCGAUUGGGACAGGAGGUUGGAUACACUAUAAGAUUUGAAGAUUGUACCAGUUCAGAAACACUCAUCAAAUACAUGACAGAUGGUAUGUUGCUUCGAGAAUGCCUUGUUGACCUUGACUUGAAAGGUUAUGCAGUCAUCAUGUUGGAUGAGGCACACGAACGAACAAUUCAUACUGACGUAUUGUUUGGAUUGUUAAAAAAUGCUGUUAAAAGAAGACCCGAAUUGAAACUUAUUGUAACUUCUGCUACUCUGGAUGCUGUGAAAUUUUCUCAAUACUUUUUUGAAGCUCCUAUAUUUACUAUACCAGGAAGAACAUAUCCAGUGGAUAUUCUUUACACAAAAGAACCUGAAACAGACUAUUUAGAUGCAUCUCUAAUAACAGUAAUGCAGAUUCAUCUAACUGAACCACCAGGUGACAUAUUGUUAUUUUUAACUGGUCAAGAAGAGAUUGAUACAGCUUGUGAAAUAUUAUAUGAACGUAUGAAAUCUCUAGGACCAGAAGUUCCAGAAUUAAUAAUACUUCCAGUUUAUUCUGCACUUCCCAGUGAGAUGCAGACAAGAAUUUUUGAACCAGCACCUCCUGGUUCCAGAAAGGUAGUAAUUGCCACUAAUAUAGCUGAAACAUCACUUACCAUUGAUGGAAUUUACUAUGUUGUUGAUCCUGGUUUUGUAAAACAGAAGGUUUAUAAUUCAAAGACAGGAAUGGAUUCUCUUGUUGUUACUCCUAUUUCUCAAGCUCAAGCUAAGCAACGAGCAGGUCGUGCUGGUAGGACAGGACCUGGAAAAUGUUAUCGUCUCUAUACAGAAAGAGCUUACAGAGAUGAAAUGUUAACCACUCCCGUACCUGAAAUUCAGAGAACAAAUUUAGCAUCAACCGUUUUACAACUCAAGGCAAUGGGAAUUAAUGACUUGCUUUCUUUUGAUUUUAUGGAUGCACCACCAACUGAGUCAUUAAUCAUGGCUCUAGAACAGCUUCAUUCUCUUAGUGCUUUGGAUGAUGAAGGACUUCUCACACGUCUUGGCCGUCGGAUGGCUGAAUUUCCUCUGGAGCCAAAUUUGGCAAAACUGUUAAUUAUGUCUGUUCAUCUUAGCUGUAGUGAGGAAGUCUUGACAGUUGUUUCUAUGUUGUCUGUACAGAAUGUGUUUUACAGACCAAAGGAUAAACAAGCUUUGGCUGAUCAAAAGAAAGCCAAAUUUAAUCAGGCAGAAGGUGACCAUUUAACUUUACUUGCCGUUUAUAAUUCUUGGAAAAACAACAAAUUUUCAAAUGCUUGGUGUUAUGAAAAUUUUGUUCAGAUUCGUACAUUAAAAAGAGCACAGGAUGUUAGAAAACAAUUGUUGGGUAUUAUGGAUAGGCAUAAAUUAGAUGUGGUAUCCUGUGGCAAAAAUACAGCAAGGGUGCAAAAGGCCAUAUGCAGUGGCUUUUUCAGGAAUACUGCAAAGAAAGAUCCUCAGGAGGGAUAUCGCACACUAGUGGACGGACAGGUGGUGUACAUUCAUCCAUCCAGUGCUUUAUUUAAUAGACAGCCAGAAUGGGUUGUAUAUCAUGAACUCAUCCAGACCACCAAAGAAUACAUGAGAGAAGUGGUCACCAUUGACCCCAAGUGGCUGGUGGAAUUUGCUCCCGCAUUUUACAAGUUUGCCGAUUCCACCAAACUGAGCAAACAUAAGAAACAACUAAGACUGGAACCUUUGUACAACAAAUAUGAGGAACCCAAUGCUUGGAGAAUAUCCAGAGUGAGAAGACGACGAAAUUGAUAUUUUGUAUAUAUUUUUCUAUGGUGUUGACCAUCAUUAUGGUUUUAUUAAAUAUAAAUAUACUGUACAUAAAAAUAUUGUAUAUAGAAUUAAAAUAUAAA